GCCAUGGCGACUGCAGAGCAGGGGUGGCCGGCAGGACAGGGGCAGCCAGGUGAAGGAUGGGGGCAGUUCACAGACACAGAGUAAUUGCAAAUCUCUUCCACUGACGUUAGUAUAAAUGCUCAAAGUGAAAAACCAUACUGAUUAUUUAGAAGAUAAAACCCGAAACAUUUCCGUUUCUCUAAGUGUAAAGUACAGAGGCUGAACUCACCGGUGUGGGGUUUUAUACGUCUUUAACAUAACACAUAUCACACAGAGGAAAAUGCAUUGACUGUGCACUGCUACGGGGUGAGGACCUUGCCUGUGACUUGGCCUUGCAACAUAAGCUAAGACACAGCGUUGGAUUAUGGAGGGGCACUUGACAUACCUGCUGGGCAGAAGCAGCUCCGAGGACGUGUCGGUGGGUUACAUGUCAUCAACAUCUAACUCCUCUGCAGCCUAUGAAUACGCCUUCUUCUACCCAGAACUGGACAUCAGCUGUGAUCUUGAAAAUAUUCCAGCAUUUGCAUCUACCUUUUUUCCAGUGCUGUACUCCUUACUGUUUGUGACCGGCCUCGUAGGAAAUGCUUUGGUCAUCUGGGUCCUAACAGUCUUCAAGAAAGUCAGGGCCAUGACUGACGUGUAUCUGCUGAACCUCGCCAUCUCUGACCUCCUCUUUGUUUUCUCCCUCCCCUUCUUGGUUCAGUACUCCAUCGUGAGCCAGUGGACUUUUGGAAAUACGAUGUGUAAAAUCAUCAGCUCAGCUUACUUCAUUGGUUUCUACAGCAGCGCCUUCUUCAUAACCAUCAUGAGCAUCGACAGGUACUUGGCCGUUGUCCAGUCCGUCUAUGCUCUACAGGUUCGGACAACUGCCCAUGGGAUUAUCACCAGCCUGGUCCUUUGGGCAGUCGCCAUUUUAGCAUCAGCACCAGACUUAAUUUUUUUCCAGGAAAUGAAUGACAAUAACCAGACUAAGUGCAUCCCUCACUAUCCUGACAGCAACAAUGGCUGGAAGACUUUCAGUAAUUUUGAAGUUAAUGUCCUGGGGUGGCUGAUCCCUGUUGUUGUCCUCAUUUUCUGCUACCACAGCAUCUUGAAAAACCUGCAGAAGUGCCAUACUCAGAACAAGUACAAAGCAAUGAAACUGGUUUUUAUUGUUGUCAUUGUGUUCUUCCUCUUCUGGACCCCCGUCAACAUUGUGCUUUUUCUGGACUCUCUGAGGAACAUGUACAUCAUCGACGACUGCCAGACAAGCCAAAGGCUAGACCUAGCCAUGGAGCUGGCUGAGGCGCUCUCCUUCGUCCACUGCUGUCUCAACCCAGUCAUCUAUGCCUUCGUGGGUGAGAAGUUCAAGAAGCAUCUCCACGAAGCUUUCAGAAAAUACACACGUUUUCUGUUGAUCUGCAAAGACUAUAGUGCUUUCGAUGGGCGCAGCCUGGACAAGCACUCCUCUCUGCGUGUGACGUCCUCACAGUCAUCUUUUGUUGGCACUGUCUUGUAGAGCUACAAGUCAAAAACUUUCAUCCCGAACAGGUGACGUGAAGUUGAGAAAUCCUCCCAGCAGGGCAUCCACAGGGAUGCACUGUUUGGGCAGCCUUUUAGGACAGGAAAAGUGGAAGCAGCUGCUUGAGCUUGCUUUUAUCAUGGUUGCCUUUGGGGGUCUUACUUUUUAAUGUCUUUUCUAGCAUCUUCCUCCCUUUCCCUUUGCACGUCCUGCCCUGCCUGCUUUGUGAAAGGGAGGCUGAAAUUACCAGCAGACUCCCGCACUGCUCGAGCAUCACGGAGAGGUGCCUUAGAAAUAUUUCUCCCACCUCAGAUUCAGUACUGAAAGGAACUGUUUAUGUUUCUGAACUCGGGACACUUGGCCUCUCCUUCCCUUGUCUCAGCAGAGCGUAUUGACUUUGUAGGCAGCGACAGGGCUCACAGCAGGAGUGGUAACCUGCUCUUUGGAGGGAAACAGUGCCCAAGUUUAAGGCAUCACACCAGGGCCUGGCUCCCAGUUGACAAAUCUGAACAAGGUUUCCAGCCCAGAAAGAGCUUAGUGAGUGAAUAAUUAGAUAAGCAACAAAGAAAUAAAUGUUAUGCAUGUGUUUUGUUGAAAUCAACAUGGAGGAAUAUCUAGGUAUGAUCCUGACUCCCCAUAUGCUACUAGGGUUUACAGCUCUGGGGCUGGAAGGGUUUGGAAGCUGUAGACUAGAAACGACACUGUGGGUGUCAAGAAAAAACCCUUAUGGGAAUGAACAAGUGCCCUAGGGAUGAGUGGAGAAAUAGUUACCAGAAAAAAAGGCUGAAGAGUGGAAAAAAUACCGAGUGUGAGCUGAGAGAGCAGUAAAAGUCAUACGUCAAAGCUUCCUGUGGACCCGCUGGCUGGUAAGCCAUGGGCCAGGGCAGUGGCUGCUCUCAGCAGAGCCCUGACCCGCUGGCCGAGGGGCUGGUUGUUCUGUGGGUGCCUGAAACAGGAUGGAGAGAGACACAAACAGAGGUAAUACACCAAGCAUCCUGGAACUCAGGUGGUAGCUAAAGUGGAUGGCACUGGCUGGUUUGAGUGGCCAGAGGCUCCAGAGAUGCCUAAAACCCAGAUGACGCUCACACUUCCCCAUGAGGGAACUUUCUGAACACUUCAAGCAACUGGUGUGCCAGUAUCGUUGCUGCUCGACUGGGGUUGACCUCCUAGUUACUGUUCCAACCUGGUAACUGUGAAUGACUGGUUUAUAUGUGAAUGGUUACCUAUGCAUAUACAUAUAGAUGUACAUUACAUACAUGCACAUCUGUGUAUAUAUACACAAAUAUAUACACAUACAUAUAUGUGCAUACACAUAUAUAUCUUUUUAUAUAUACAAAUACUGAUAGAUAAAUGCAAUGGUGUCCUGAAGCUUUUAGUCUUGAUCUAGUUCUCCCUACAAGAUAUGCUGAAGUUUUAUAAUAAAGAUACUGCAUGCAGUGUAAUUGCACA